AUGUGGUAUUAAUACACUGAAAAUAUGUAAAUUAGAAAUUAAAUAAAUGAAUAGGGAAAAAGUUGGUAUUAUUGUGAUUGUGUAAUAUUUAUAUUGGAAAAAGUUGGUAUUAUUGUGAUUGUGUAAUAUUUAAUUUGGAAAAAGUUGGUAUAUCUGAGACUUGUGUGAUAUUUAUAUUGGAAAAAGUUGGUAUACAGUAUCUGUGACUUGUGUAAUAUUCAUACUGGAAAAAGUUGGUAUAUCUGUGACUUGUGUAAUAUAUUUAUAUUGGAAAAAGUUGGUAUAUCUGUGACUUGUGUAAUAUUCAUACUGGAAAAAGUUGGUAUAUCUGUGACUUGUGUAAUAUUUUUAUAUUGGAAAAAGUUGGUAUAUCUGUGACUGUAUAACUGACUGGAAAAAGCUGGUACUUCUGUGAUUGUGUAACUAACUGGAAAAAGCUGGUACUUCUGUGACUGUGUUAUAUUUCAUUCGUAAGCACAUUUGUAAGGUUGGAUACAUUUAUUUUUAAGUAGGUCGUUGAAAAUUUAAAAAAUGUCUUCUAACAGUUUAAGCUGAAAGGUGAAUUUGCCCUCUGUGUAUUUAUGUGUGAACAUCACCGGUGGGCCUGUGUAUUUACCAUGAUGUCACAUUGCACCUUGACAACCAAGAAUGAUGUAAUAUUAUGUCAUGAUAAUAUUACCUCUAAUGACAUAUCAAAAACUAUUAAAGGGUGAUAAUCUUAUUUCAAUACCUUUUGUCACAAAAACUGUUUCACUGUGGAAUACACAACUUGGUGUCACAACAUGAAUCUGGAAACAACUUGCUGUGAACAACUUGAUUUGAUAAUAUUGUUAAGGUGAAUGUCAUCUUGUUGCAACAUAAACUGCAAUGGCUUGUUACUUCUAAUAUUGGAUAAUAGUAUUUAUUUCAUAGAAGAGGUGAAUUUUUUUUAAAGAAAUUCAAAGGAUGAAGGCUCAGUGAAGAUUUGGUCAAUGUCUCAUUUAUGACCUUCACCUGAUCUCCAUAGAAACCAGCUCAACAACAACAGACAUCAUGCAGGACCCCUACUCUGCCAUGAUGAGCUCUCAGCAGAGAACAGAUCAUUUCAAAUCCUAUCAAAUGCAACGUCAGAAUUCUACUACAACAAACCAGUCACCGCCUGGAGCUAGUUCAAACUUUAACAUGAGUUACAUGCAUGGACUUCAGUAUGGAACUAUGGGAAGUUCUGAACUCUACAAUGCAAUGACAAUGCCAUCUUCUAUGGCACAAGAGUUCUCCCCUUUACCGGCACAUAUAGGUUCUCAUAACUCUAUGAACUCCAAUGCAAUGUCACGAAUAAAUCCAACCACCCACACAAUCACAAACACUGCAACUUCAGCAAAUGCAUCAUCGCCACCAAAUACAUCUAUGCCAAUAUCUGACGUUUCUUCUCCUGGACCUUCAUCGAGCAGACUAAGCAUGUCGCCAGAUGGUCAAAGUCAGGGAGGUAACUCUCAUAUUUCCAACCAAUCUCCUGGUGAAAUCGGUAAAACUGAAUCAAGUGACAGUAGUUCUGUUAAAUCGGGAAAUGAGGAUGAUAACGGAAUUCCACCAAAGAAACGUGCACUAACCAUGCCAGAAGAACCCAGAGAUGACUCAUACUGGGAGAAGCGUAAGAAAAACAAUGAAUCUGCAAAAAGAUCUCGCGAGGCACGCCGAAUGAAGGAAGAGCAAAUUGCUCUGCGUGUUGUAUACCUAGAGCAAGAAAAUCUACAGUUAAGAACAGAAGUGUCGCUCUUGAAAGGCGAAAUUGAAAAAUUGCGAUGUAUGUUGUACAAUUCCUAAUAUGCAUAUUUUAAUUGGGAACUAGGAAAGAAAAAAAUACGGCAAAAUGCGCAUUAAAUACGUAUCUAAUUUCACAAUUAACUGUUUAUACUCAAAUAAAGUAACUAAUAAACAUUAUUGAUAUAUAUUGAAGACACAAGUAAAGCUGUGCCAUGUGUUUUUAUCCUAUUUGCGCUAGUGGUUUCUACAACAGUUUAAAUGUAUUCGCAGACACUGAAUCGCUGGAUUUUUUGGUCUUGUAUACGUAUGGAGGAGUUGAAACACAAAAUACAAGAGGAGCUUAAAACCAAUUGCUCAAAUUUUACGGUGAAAAUAAUUUUUGUGAAUAUUUUAUGGAACUUGCUCAAAUUACUCAGGGAUAUUUAUGGUGAAUUUAAACUCAGGGAUGUAUUACAAAAACUCAGGACCAAUUUCUUCUGGUGUAUUAACACCUUCACAUUUUGUGAUUCUUCGGAAUAAACUAUAGUGAUACAUAAAAACUGGAAAUUAUGGAGUUAUUCAAACCCGGUGAAUUUGACUUUAAUGACUCUGUUUCAUUGUUCUUGAGUACCAGUAUUACUUGUAUAUUUGCAAUUCUUUGUAGUGACAUAUUCAUUGAUGUAAAUCCAUGUUAUUAAUACCUUGCUGCCAUAUAUGUUUCAUGUAUAUCAUAUAUUGUAAAUGUAGUUGUUUUUUUUAAAGAUUCUAUUGCUGCAAUGUUAAAAAUGAACACUUUAUCCAAUAUCAUUAUUGCUCUACUGGAAGGGAAGCCAUUUCUAUUUGAAAAACUCAAAAAAGGUGGGCAUUUUUCUGCUUCAUUUUAUCAUAUUCCAUAACAAAUGCAAUAACAUGGAAUUUCAUUUUCAAGUUUCAUACCUUUAUCACUUUUUAUGUAUUUAUGUGAAUAACAAUUCAUGUUAUUACCUUACUUCUAGCAAAUACUGGAUUCCACAUGUUUUAUUAAAAUUAUAAAGAUGAAGUUUACCACUUUACAGAAUUACUAUAUAUAGCUGGGCAUUUUAGAGGUCUAAUUCCCUUCUUCUUUAACCUUUACCCUGCUAAAUUUUUAAAAUGGACUAGUCCAUCAUUCAAUUUGGGCAGUACCACUUACUAUUCAAAGGAGUGUUCACUGAAAAUUUACUGACUGAAUAGCGAACAGUGCAGACCAUGAUCAGACUGCAUGGAUGUGCACUGCAGGCUGAUCUUGGUCUGUACUGGUAGCAAAGGCAGAAUUACUUGCUGCCAGCAGGCUUAAGGUUAAUUUGUUUGUAAAAUAUAUAGUUAUGAAUUAUAGAUCAUAUUCUUGAAUUGUAACAAUUUUACUAAAAGUGAAAUUCUCUUUGAAAAGGCGUUUGGUCUCUGUACUAUAUGUGAGAUUCAUAAUUUUUGUGUUCAUGGGAAGUAUAUUACUCGUUUUUUUCAGGCAUUUCAUUGAAAACUAUCUUGUUAUAAAAUGUGUGAUAGAUUUUUUUUUUGUGGAGUGACUGUGCCAUUGUUAUGCAGUAUGCACUGUAGAAUUCUCCAUUAAAUGAAUUUAAACCUUGUUAUGCAAUAUGUUUAGUACUCAAACAGAAUGAAUGUUUUGUUUUAAAAAUGCAAUAUCGAGUGUGUGUGCUUGAUUGAGAUGUUGUUGUGUACAUUGAACCAUAUUACCUUUUAUCAAUUAGGGCAUUAAAAUAUGGCCAGCAAGUCGGUUAUAACGGGUAUAUUGUAAGAUUAUGUACAGUCAUGUCUUUAAACUGACAGUUAUGUCACAUGAAUGAAAUAGUACAAUGAUGUAUAUAUUAUUAUUGUUUUACAUUACAGAUGUAAUAAUAUAU